AUGCCGCCGUCUUCAUCAUCAGCUGUAGUAUUUCUCUCGCUUCAGCUUCUGGGCAUCGUUCUGCUCUGCAGUUUCCUCCAUGGCCAUGCAGCAGCAAUCCGCCAUCACACUUUUGUGGUGAAAGAAGCGGCAUACACAAGGCUGUGCAGCACAAAGAACAUCAUGACCAUCAAUGGCAACUUCCCUGGAGAAACGUUGCAUGUGCAUAGAGGAGAUACCUUGAUCGUCCAUGUGCUCAACCGUAGCCCUCACAACAUCACCAUUCAUUGGCAUGGAGUGAACCAGCCAAGAUAUCCAUGGGCAGACGGUCCCGAGUACAUCACGCAAUGCCCAAUUCAGCCCGGCGGCAAAUUUAGCCAGAAGGUUAUAUUCACAACCGAAGAAGGCACGUUAUGGUGGCACGCGCACAGUGAAUGGACUCGAGCCACGGUUUAUGGCGCCAUCAUAGUCUACCCCAAGAAAGGCCAUGCUUACCCUUUCCCCAAACCUCAUGCCGAUCUCCCCAUCAUCUUUGGAGAGUGGUGGAAGCAAGACAUAUUCGAGCUUUUCGACAACUUCCUUCAAUCCGGCGGUGACCCUCUAGUGUCUCAUGCAAUCACUAUUAACGGCCAGCCCGGUGAUCGUUACAAUUGCUCUGGACAAGACAUGUUCAAGCUGUCCGUUGACCAAGGUAAAACCUACCUCCUCCGCCUCAUCAACGCCGCCAUGCAAGACAUCCUCUUCUUCUCCAUCGCCGGCCACCAACUCACGGUGGUCGGAACCGACGGGACCUACACGAAGCCAUUCAAAUCCGACUACAUCACCAUCUCGCCCGGUCAAACCAUCGACGUCCUCCUCCGCGCCGACCAUCCCAUCGCCGCCAGCUACUACAUGGCCGCCAAAUUCUACUCGAGCGCACGCGCCGCCGUCAACCUCAACACCACCACCGCCCUCCUCCACUACACCACCAACAACACCACCCCCACCACCGCCGCGAACUUCUCCGCCGUCUCCCUCCCGGCCACCGCCGACACCAACGCCUCCGUCACCUUCACCGCCCGAUUCCGUAGCUUGGCGGACAAGAAACACCCCGUCGACGUCCCGCAAAAGGCGGACACCAACUUGUACUUCACCCUCUCCAUGAACGCCGCUCCCUGCCCCGCCGGCGCCACGUGCGCCGGCCCCAACGGCGCGCGUCUCGCCGCCAGCGUCAACAACGUGAGCCUCGUCCUCCCGACGUCGAUGGACGUGCUGAGAGCCUACUACCGAGGUAUCGGCGGCGUGUACGGAGAUGACUUCCCCAGCAACCCGCCGGUGAGCUUCGACUUCACGAACCUGACCAUCCCGGCGGCAUACAGGAGGCCGGCGACCGGGAACCAGGUGAGGGUGCUCGAGUACAAUGCGUCGGUUGAGCUUGUGUUCCAAGGAACCAACUUGCUGGGUGGGGUUGACCACCCGAUGCACCUCCACGGGACCAACUUUUACGUGGUGGGUUGGGGGUUCGGUAACUUCGACCGGGUGAAUAAGACGUACAAUCUGGUGGAUCCGCCGUUUCAGAACACCAUUGCCGUCCCCAGAAACGGUUGGGUUGCCAUCAGGUUCAAGGCCACCAAUCCUGGUGUUUGGUUCAUGCACUGCCAUUUGGAGCGUCAUGCAUCGUGGGGAAUGGGGAUGACUUUCAUAGUGAAGAACGGGAAAGGGCCGAACGACAAAAUGUUGCCGCCGCCGUCCGACAUGCCUCCUUGCUGA